CCCCUUCUUUCUUCUCCUUCUUCACUCAAGUUCCAAUGGAGAUAUUCCAAUGGCUGUACUACAAUCUCCUCCUAUCUUCUUCAUUGUUAGUUGUAGUAAUGGGAGCUGCUGAUACUUACUCUGAGGCUCUUUUGAGCUUGAAAUCUGAAAUUAUUGAUGAUUCGAACAGUUUGAGAGAUUGGUUGGUGCCUUCCGGAGGAAACCCAUCUGGGGGAGUCUAUGCAUGUUCUUGGUCUGGAGUCAAAUGCAGCAAGAAUUCCACCGUUGUUAUUGGGUUGAAUCUGUCCAUGAUGAAUCUUGGUGGAGUGUUAUCAGGGAGGCAAUUCAGUGUUUUCUCUGAGCUUGUUGAUCUCAACAUCAGUGACAAUUCAUUCUCUGGCCAACUUCCCGUGGAAAUCUUCAAUCUUACCAGUCUAACAAGCUUGGAUAUCAGUAGAAACAAUUUCUCCGGUCACUUCCCUGGUGGAGUCUCCGGUCUUCAAAACCUGGUUGUUCUUGAUGCAUUCAGCAACAGCUUUUCAGGGCCAUUGCCUGUUGAAGUUUCCAUGCUUGAACAUCUCAAGGUUCUGAAUUUAGCGGGUAGUUACUUUGAUGGACCCAUCCCAUCAGAAUAUGGCUUUUUCAAGAACCUUGAGUUUCUUCACCUGGCUGGAAACUCCCUCACCGGAAAAAUCCCACCGGAAUUGGGUAAGCUUAAAACUGUGACACAUAUGGAGAUUGGCUACAACUCUUAUGAAGGAAGCAUCCCAUGGCAACUUGGCAACAUGAGUGAGCUUCAGUAUCUUGACAUUGCGGGUGCAAAUCUCUCUGGUUCAAUCCCAAAGCAGCUCUCAAAUCUCACCAAGCUUCAGUCCCUUUUUCUCUUCAGAAACCAGUUCACCGGAUUGCUUCCAUGGGAGUUCAGCAAAAUCAUCCCUCUGAUCAACUUGGAUCUUUCUGAUAACCACAUUACAGGACCAAUACCGGAGAGCUUUGCAGAGUUGAAGAAUCUCAGACUACUCAGCCUGUUCUUCAAUAAAAUGAAUGGUACUGUCCCUGAAGGAAUUGCAGAACUUCCAUCCCUUGAUACACUGUUUCUAUGGAACAAUGCCUUCUCUGGUUCACUUCCAGAAAACUUGGGCAGGAACUCAAAGCUUAGAUGGUUGGAUGUUUCCACAAACGGUUUCGUUGGCAGCAUUCCCCCUGACAUCUGUGCCUCCGGUGUUCUAUUUAAAUUGCUCAUGUUUUCAAACCAUUUCUCAGGCAGCCUUUCACCUUCUCUAUCCAAUUGCUCUUCCCUUGUUCGUCUCCGGCUCGAGGACAAUUUAUUCUCCGGAGAAAUUCCUCUGAAAUUCAGCCAUCUUCCUGAGAUAACGUACGUGGAUUUAUCCGGAAACAAGUUUUCUGGUGGGAUCCCUGGCUAUAUUUUCCAAGCUUCAAAGCUCCAGUACUUCAAUGUCUCCAGCAACCCUGAACUGGGUGGCAUGAUCCCAGCACAAACAUGGUCUUCGCCACUUCUUCAGAAUUUCUCUGCAUCAUCCUGUAACAUCUUCGGUGACAUUCCUCCGUUCCAAUCCUGCAAAUCCUUUACUGUUAUUGAACUCCACACAAACAAUCUAUCAGGAACCAUCCCAAAUAGCAUUUCCAAUUGCCGGGCUCUUCAGUCAGUCAUUUUGUCGAACAACAAGUUGGGAGGUCAUAUACCUGAGGAGAUUGCAACUCUACCGGCUCUAGCUGUUCUUGAUUUGUCUCAUAAUAACCUAACCGGCCAGAUUCCGGUAAAGUUGGGCAAGUCUUCAAGCCUAGUUCUUUUGAAUGUAUCCUUCAAUGAUAUCUCCGGUUCUAUUCCGUCGGAUAAGGCGCUGCAGUCAAUGGGUAGAAAUGCUUACGUUGGAAAUCUAAACCUCUGUGGAGCGCCUCUAAAACCCUGCUCGAUGGCGAUACGCAGCGGAAAACUCCGACUGGUUCUCCUUCUCUGUGCAGCGGUAACAGUUUUCAUAACAGCAUCAGUUCUCUGGAUAAUCCAUAUCCGAAAAGGAACCAAAAGGCAAUGGAAAAUGGUCUCCUUCGCCGGACUCCCCCAGUUCACGGUUAACGACGUCUUAAAGAGCUUCAAUUCCAUUGAAGCACCGGCGCCGCAACCACCCCCUUCAGCAGCAGUUUGCAAAGCGGUGCUACCAACCGGAAUAACAGUUCUGGUGAAAAAAAUCGAGUGGGAUCCAAAGAAGAUGAAGGUAGUAUCGGAAUUCAUAACAAGGUUGGGAAAUACAAGGCAUGAAAACUUGAUCAGAGUACUGGGUUUUUGCCACAACAAUCAUCUGGCUUAUGUUUUCUAUGAUUACUUACCCAGUGAGAAUUUGGCCGAGAAAAUUUCAGGGCAGAUGGAUUGGGCAACCAAAUACAGAAUUGUGUUAGGGGUUGCAAAGGGUCUUUGCUUCCUUCACCAUGACUGCAUUCCUGCUAUCCCCCACGGAGAUUUGAGGUCAAGUAACAUUGUUUUUGAUGAUAAUAUGGAGCCCCAUCUUGCUGAAUUUGGGUUUAAGUAUAUGGUGCAGUUGACAAAAGAUUCAGUCCCUUCAACAUAUUCCAGAAAAGAAACAGGUCAAUUCAGUGAUCUCAACAAGGAGGAACUAUACAUGGAUGUCUUUAGCUUUGGGGAGAUGAUCCUGGAAAUAGUAACCAAUGGAAGACUGACAAACGCUGGAGCCAGCAUCCAGAUUAAGUCAAGGGAUGUUCUUCUAAGAGAAAUAUACAAAGACAAUGAAGCGGUAGCUAACAUUAUUUCAUUGCAAGAGGAGAUCAAGUUGGUUCUUGAAGUAGCUCUGCUCUGCACCAGAAGCAGGCCCUCAGAUCGGCCUUCCAUGGAGGAUGCAUUGAAACUUUUAUCUGGAUUAUUGAAGCCACAUUCUAAAAAACUGAAUGAAGAAGGAGACAUGAAGUAGUGUUAGUAUUACAAAAAUAGAGAGGAUAUAUAUAAGGAUAGAUACAUAUAUAAUAUAUAUAUAUAUAUAUAUGUAGCUAGUGUGAUCUAAGUUUUGGCAAUCGAUCUGUGCAUUCUACUGUUAGAUUGUUUAUGUCUUGACUUUUCUUAAUAUGGGGCUUGUGAUCUGUGUGCUUUUAGAACUAUCUUCAGAUAAAGAAAAGUAAUUUUG